AUGUGUAAAUUACAAAUACUGUUGUUCUGCUAUUUAAUCGUGUUUGCUACUGCAAAACUCUGCAAGGUCCCAAACGGCGAUGCAGGCGAAUGCAAGGCGAUAUCAAAAUGUCCAAUUCUGAACGAACUGGACAACAAACCAUACAAAAGCGAAGCAGAGGAACUAUUCUUGCAACAGUCCUUGUGCGGGAAUUCAUUUACUUAUAUUAUUAAGGUGUGCUGUCCAUUAGAUACAACGUCGUUCCGGAUCAAGCCCGUCAUAUAUACAGUAACAAAGGAAACUACACCAAAACCAGAACCGAAACCAGAACCAAAACCAGAACCGAAACCAAUACCUAAACCAAAUGUACUUUCUAGACCAGAGACGAAUCCAACAUUUGGUAUCGAUGAUAAGAUAAACAACCCCAACGAUAAAAAAACCAAUGAGAAUAUUUCCGUAGCUCCAGAUGGCACUUGCGGAAUUGACACUGGUACCGGCAAUAGAAUUUUUGGUGGGGAAGCAACUAACCUCGAUCAGUAUCCCUGGUUAGCUCUACUACAAUACGCGAGAGAAUUUCUUCUCUGCAGCGGCAGUUUAAUUUCUCCAAAAUUAAUUUUGACAGCUGCACAUUGCAUUAACGGGCCAAACAGAGCACCGCUUUUUGCACGUCUAGCAGAAUACAACGUUACCUCAUUCCCAAUAGACACCCAAGAAACUGAUGGUGGUGGUAUUGACUCUUCAACUGUUGUUAUCAUUCCAGUUGAGAAUACACUCUCGCAUCCAGACCACAAUCUUAGCAAAAGGCUGAAUGACAUAGGUUUUGUCAAGCUCAAGGAAGCCGCCGUAUUUUCAGAUUUUAUAAAAAUAAUCUGUCUACCUACAGUCGACCUUUUCCCACAGUUUAAUAAAAACACAAAUUUUACUGUGGCUGGGUGGGGAAUUGACGAGUCUGGAGAAUCUAGUGACGUUAAGAAACAUGUGAGGCUUCCGUUUGUAAGAGAGGACUACUGCAAGGAACGUUAUUCGGACCUACCACUUUUAAAUGUUAUAUGUGCGGGUGGUGAAGCUGGCAAAGACACUUGUAAUGGCGACUCGGGUGGUCCGUUGAUGUACGAAGAUAGUUCGACAUUUACUAUCAUUGGCAUACUGAGUUUCGGUUACCGUGAAUGUGGAAUUGCUGGCUGGCCUAGUGUUUACACUAAUGUCUUUCAAUAUAUGAAGUGGAUUAGGGAUGUUACUGAGGGUAGGAUUAAAAUCUAA